CAUGGUCAAGGACGUUACGUAUCCGGGUAGCUGUAGCGCGAUCCCCCCCUCCGGACAUUAUUCUUGGAUCAGCGGCGUAGGUAAGCAGUCGACUAUCUACUUGUUCGGCAAUCAACCAUUCUACCAGGCGGGCAGGAUCGAUGAGGCGAGAGCAGUGUGUGGAGAAAGCGCCGUUGAUUGAGGAGGGGGGGUGCAAGACCGCCGCCUCGCCGAGAGGGUGUACGGUAUGUAGUAAGGAAGGCGACAUGAGUCCUGCGAACACGUUAGAAACCAGCCAUGAGUGCCGACCGCGGUGGGAGCACGUUCUCCCUCCCUACCGACGACAACGAAUCCAAAACCUCAAGCACCACAACGGCUUCCAGCGAGCGCGGUGCUCAGACACGAUGACGUCCGCCGCCAGCAGCCAGGACCUUCAUCAAAGCGCCUUUCCCUCAUAUAUACUCACUUGCACAUGCGCACGAAGCCGGCAAACGAGGAGGGCGCGCGAGCGCGAACCUAAAAGUACAGAGUACGAUUAUUCGGCACCGCACCAAACGCGCAUGCGGACGCGGGAGACGGUUCCAGGCACGAGUACGGAUUAUGUAUGUAUGUAGGCUAUUGUAUGUAGCAGCGAGACAAGGGCCUGUG